AUGUCUGCCCACGCUGCCACGACCAAGCUCGCUCAACAGCCCGAGGCCUCGUCACCCUCGGACAGCAUCUACGAACACAAGGGAAGCCAGACCCAGGUUGAGUUCCAGACAGAUGUCCAGGCCGAUGACGAUAUUGACAAUCUUUCGGAUGAAGAGCAUGCCGCGCUCGAGAAGUCGCUCAAGAAGAAGCUCGAUUGGCAGAUCGUCCCCCUCUGUUUGAUGCUCUACCUCCUGUCAUUCCUCGACAGGACGAACAUAGGACAAGCACGUCUCAAUGGUCUUGAACAGGAUCUUAACAUGAGCAAGGAUGGCAGAGACUACCGCAUUGCUCUCACCGUGCUCUACGUUCCCUACAUUGUGUUCGAGAUCCCUUCGAAUCUUCUCGUCAAAAAAAUUGGUCCUGCGCGCUGGAUUCCUCUCCUCGUCGCUUCGUGGGGUCUCGUCUCGACGCUACAAGGUAUCGUGACAAGCAAGACCGGCUUGUACAUCAAUCGUGCCUUCCUAGGGUUUUCUGAAGCCGGUAUCCUACCAGCGAUCGCUCUUUACUUGACCUUCUUCUACAAGCGCGAAGAGCUGGGUCUUCGACAGGCUCUCUACUUUUCCGGUGCAUCGCUCUCCGGAACGUUCGGUGGCCUUCUCGCCACGGCCAUCGGACUCAUCAAACACCCUUUGGCAGGCUGGAACUGGAUUUUUAUCAUUGAGGGAAUCUUUACCAUCUUCUUUGGCAUCUUGUGCUGGUUUAUCCUACCCAACGACAUCUCUAAGCUUUGGUGGGUCACUCCGCAGGAGCGAAAGCUGGCUUAUGCACGUAUGGCGCCCCCUGCGACCAAACCCAAGACGGAUUCGGAAGCUGUCACCGACGUUCCCGCUACCGCUGAAAAGCGGCUUGCUGCCGUUUCCGACGAAGCUGCGUUGGAGUACACUGGCAAGUUCGUCCUUCGCGAGGUGCUUCGCACAUUUACCGACCCUCUCGUUCUUAUAUUCUCCGCCUCUGGUUUCUCCUAUGCCACUCUGCUCUACUCCAACGCCUUUUUCAGCCCUACCAUCAUCAAGUCGCUCGGCAUCGCGAAAACGACCGCUGAGAGUCAGCUGCUUUCGGUGCCUCCCACCGCUGCUGCCUUCUUCGUUUCGAUUACUUCGGCUUUCCUCUCAGACAGGUACCGAUGGCGAUGGAUCUCGCUCGUCUUGCUUAUUUUGCUUUCCAUUGCCGGAAUUGCGCUCGCUUAUGGCUCGCACGUCUCGUCACACCGAUACGGCGGAAUUAUUUUGCUUGCAUGCGGUACCUACUCCAUCCCUCCUCUUGGUAUCAGUUGGAUGCUCAACAACACCGCCGGCCACUACAAACGUGCUACAAGUAUCGCCUUGUACAUCGUGGCAACAAACUCGGGCGGUAUUCUAUCGUGCUGGCUAUUCUACAAUCACGAGGCGCCACGCUUCAGCCGAGGUUUGCUGGUCAAUCUCGGCCUCAACGCAGGAGCACUACUACUCGUGACGCUCGCCGAGCUUUACAUGAUGUGGGAGAUCAAGGCGCGCAAGACAGGAAAGCGCGACUACCGCGUCACGAAGCUCAAACAGCAAGGCUGGGGCGAUGCCAAGAUCCGCGAGUAUCUCGGCGAUCAGCAUCCCGAGUUCGAGUACAUGCUCUGA